AUGGCCAACCGCGCCCCGCCAGCCGCCGCUGGGUCGAGAAAGAUCUCCUUCAAUGUGUCGGAGCAAUAUGACAUCCAGGAUGUGGUAGGAGAAGGAGCAUACGGAGUGGUGUGUUCUGCACUUCACAAGCCUUCCGGACAGAAGGUCGCGAUCAAGAAGAUCCAACCCACUGAGCACGUAAUGUUCCUUCUCCGAACUCUCCGCGAAAUCAAGCUCUUGCGAUACUUCAACCACGAAAAUAUCAUCUCCAUCCUCGACAUUCAGAAGCCCCGCAACUACGAAUCCUUCUCCGAAGUGUACCUCAUCCAAGAGCUGAUGGAGACGGACAUGCACCGGGUGAUCCGGACGCAAGAGCUGUCAGAUGACCACUGCCAAUACUUCAUCUACCAAACCCUGCGGGCGCUCAAGGCCAUGCAUUCGGCAAACGUCCUCCACCGAGAUCUUAAACCCUCAAACCUCCUCCUCAACGCCAACUGCGAUCUGAAAGUCUGUGACUUCGGUCUUGCCCGAUCUGCGGCAAGCACAGAAGACAACCAGGGCUUCAUGACCGAAUACGUGGCCACCCGGUGGUACCGAGCCCCCGAGAUCAUGCUCACGUUCAAGGAGUACACGAAAGCAAUCGACGUCUGGUCGGUGGGAUGUAUUCUGGCGGAGAUGCUCAGCGGCAAGCCGCUCUUCCCCGGGAAAGACUACCAUCACCAGCUCACGCUAAUCCUCGACGUCCUCGGCACACCUACUAUGGAAGACUACUACGGCAUCAAGUCGAGACGCGCGCGAGAAUACAUCCGCAGCUUGCCGUUCAAGAAGAAGAUUCCCUGGAAAGUCAUGUUUCCCAAGACAUCGGAUCUGGCGUUGGACCUGCUUGAGCGACUACUCGCCUUCAACCCUGUCAAGCGAAUUAGCGUCGACGAUGCACUCAAGCAUCCAUACUUGGAACCAUAUCACGACCCGGAGGACGAGCCCACGGCCGAUCCCAUCCCGGAAGAGUUCUUUGACUUUGACAAGAACAAGGAUAAUCUGAGCAAGGAGCAACUAAAGCAACUGAUUUACGAAGAGAUCAUGCGGUAA